UAACACGCACCUUCCAUUUGAUUGUUUUGGCAGCAGCAAAAAGGCAUACGUUUCCUCCCCAGUCCCACGUCCAUCACCGAGAUGGUGGCCUCAUGUCACCAGACUUCAGACGAAAAACAGGGACAGGGAGAAAGUCGAGAUGGCCAGGACUUCCAAGGAGGCUGCUUUUGUGUUGUUUUGUUUCGUUGGCGUCAAAGUGAGGAUAAGUGGUCAUUUGGGCGGCGACAAUGGCCAUCCACUGCACGUCCUGCAUUCCCUGUCCCAUCCCUCGUCCUAUGAAAGUCGCCUGCUGUUGGACAUGGGUCAACCCUGGAUUUGCCUUCCUUUUUCAACGAGAAAGCGGGAAAAGGGGGAGGGGGCAAAACAGCCGAGGUUUAAAGUCUUAGAGUGAAGGCACUGGCAGCAUGUUCUGACAGUUCGCAAUGUGGCUUUCCAGGACCGGCCUUUUGCAAAGCAUGUCCAUGUUGAAAGGCCAUAGGCCAAGUUCCAUGUCCUUUGUAAAAUGCUGCUUCUUUCUUCCACCAUGCCGACAUCACAUCUCCGUCCCCGAUCAGUGCGACGUUGCACUGGAAGGGAAAAAUUGUCCAGCUCAUAAGCUAGGAACCAUUUUUUUAUGUCUUCACAGACCCAAUUCAAGCUAUGCUUGUGCAACAUUGCAUUCUUGAUUCAUUUACCUGUGAGUGUGCUUUUUAAUGUACGAUCGGC